CAGCGCCCUUUAGUCCGCCUCGGGAGAUGGCGGAGUGUGGACGGUCGGUUGCGUGUUGCGGGAUGGAGGGCGACAGCCGGCGGCAACAGCACCACCUUCACCUCCACCAUCUCCUGCUGGUCGCAGCGCCUCACCGGACGGGCUGUUGCGGCUGGUCCACUUCUAAUUUCAAGGUUUUGGCGCCGAAGUUCGUUGGCUCACAAAAUGGCGGCUGCGCCCUGAGCCAUUAGGGGAACGGUCGGGCGGCGAAAACUCGGUCGGUCGGUCGGUCGGUCGUGAAUUUCUUUCUCCUCGCCCUUCCAGACUCUAUUUUCUUGUUGCUGUCGUCGUGAAUCUUUUCCUGUUUCUCAUAAAAACAAAAAAAAAAUGAAUUGGGAGCCGCCGGGUCCAGCCCCCGCGGCCGCCUCCUGCAGUGAAGGCGGCCUUGGGGGACACCCUGGCGGGCCUGGCCUCUACCAGAGCCCGUGGAUGAAGCUGAUCUCCAUGUUUUACAGGCCCAGCUUUGCCCGCUUCCACCGCCAGGAAGCGGAUUCCCCCCUGAGCCGGGGCUCGGGCCUCCUGGGGCCGGUCCUGGACAAAAUGCGGGGAUUCGGCGGCGGUGGCGGGGAGAGGGAGUCGGUGUCCCCGCUGGGGGGUCUCUGGGCCGCCGCCUGGCACUGGGUAGGGGCCACCGAGCCUCUCCCUCUUGCUCCGCCGCAGGAGGAGAGGCUGGAGGUUAUCGUGGAGGCGCCGCCACCGCUGAAGAUCCCCGAGCCCCCAGCCCCGGGCUGCCCCGGCCUCUUCUCCAAAGUGAUGGGGCGAAUCUCUCCCCCGGAAACACCCAGCAUCAGCAACCCCCUCCGCCCAGGCCUGCCUCACCCCCUGGAACUCGUCAAUUUGGGACUGCCCCAGUGGAGCUCUGGCUAUCCCGCAGCUUCUAUGCAGCUGUUACUGGCCCCAGCAGAGCCCGGCUUCUACAGCAUCCAGCAGAUGGAUAAACCCCUGGAAUUCUCCUGCUACCACAGCGGGGUGGGCAUCGCCACCCCAUCCGACCAGGACUACGGCUAUUCCAGCUUGGAAGAAGAGCACGCUGGCUCCCAGUGCCAAGACCUGAGGUAUUCGGGCAAGGGGGUGCCUCCUGAACCUGCCCCCAGUGUAGACAGCUGCUCCAAAGGUAAUGACCUGAAGGCUAACAGGGAUACUUGCAUGGAUAAUGGAAAGACAGUUCCGCUGCCACUUUCAGUUGACUCAACUAUGCCCAACCUUCAGUAUUUGGAUAUUGAGAAUAGGAACAUGUCCAUGAGAGACAAUGAGUGGGAUAGCGAUGAGAGUAGCAGUGAAGACCUGGACGAUGAUGCUGAGGAAGAGGAUGACUGCUAUCCCUUAUCCAGACCUCAGUGUUCCAAUAAAACAAUAGCUUAUAUUUUAGGAAGCGACUCCAUUAGUGAUAGUGAUGACAGUGAGGAAGAUGAGGACAGCGACUCAGAUGAUGAUGGAUUUGACAGCAAUGGUAGCAGCUCUGAACUCUCAGAUACAGAUGAAGAGCUGUUGAACUUUUUAGCUGGUACCUCUGAUCCUUACAACCUUAUGAAUUUUCAAGCCUGCAUUAAAACACGGCACAAAGUGGGCACUAGAACUGUAUUCCAAUCUAGUUGCCCUCAGCAAUCUGAACUGUGUACCAUUGAGCUAGAAGAUGAUUCAGACAGAGUGGACAGUGGGUUUACUGAUGAAAUACAGAGUGAAGUACAGAAAACAUUUACCCAGAUGGCUUGUGAAAAAAAAUGCUCCAAAAAGGUUGCCUUUGAUGAGCACGUCACUGUCCAUUAUGUCAGUAGUGAAGAAAUCCGUAAAGGACCCUGGGAAGAGUAUGCCCGGGAUCGCUGCAGAUUCCAGAAGCGAAUUCAAGAAACAGAAGAGUGUAUUGGCUAUUGUUUCACCCUUAAACACCGGCGGACUGUGCUGAAAAAUUUGCAGCUGAGCAGCUAAUGAUCACUCAGAGCAAGAGGCUUUGAAAAUAUUCAUCUUUUUAGUAGUUUAUUUGCAAAUUAACCCUCAUUUUUGUUGAACCUUUGUGCACACUCACAUUAUUGCCUACUGUUAAAUGGUUGGAAAUUUGUUAUGCAGCUACUGCGCAGCCAGUUUGCAACACGAAGGAACAUGUGAAAAAAUAAUCACUAUUUGUUGUUACAAUGACACAUCCAGGGAAUUAAAAUAGUGCAAAACCUGCUCGCUGGGUUGACAUAUCUGCAAGUGUCAUUUGAUCUGAUGAUCACAAAAUUUUGCUUUUGUUGUGACCUAUAUGGGGUCUAUUGGUUAGCGCUUUGAUCUUUAAGUUUAGCAUUUAAAAAUGUUGGGAGAAUGGGGAGCUUUAGCUUCUUUGGUGAAGAAGAUAUUUGUGCUUUGAAGCUCAGUUUCUUGGUUAGAUUUUCUUAACACAGGAGUCUGUCCCUGUUCAAUGCCUUUUUAAUCCAUUACAGUAGGAUUUUUGCAUAUUUGAUAACAGAAAUUUCCACUUUCCAAAGUUAGAUGUAAACAGAACAGGUGGUGGCCAUUUGGCCUGUUAUGCCUGUAUUAGCUCUUUGUAAGAACGAUCCAAUUAGUCCCACUUCUCUGCUCUUUGAAAGCUUUUCCCUGUUGACAAAUUCCUUUCAAUUCUGCUUCAGCCUACCAGGCAGUUCAUUCCAAAUAGGACUUUUGAGAUUAAAAAUGAGAGUGACCAAUUUUUAAACUUAGAUUUGAUGUUUUAGUGAAGCCUGGUCCUUAAUGGUGUAUAAAGGCAAUGUUCGUUCUAGCCAAACCAGCAGUGGGUUUCAGGAGAUAUAUGGUUUGUGGACUGAGCCGGACCUUUCACUUGACCUCCAGAAACUGCUCACCAGCUGAACUAUUUCUCAGCAUGGGAUUGGCAAACAAUAAUGUUAAACUUGGUUCAAAAUUUAUAACAAUCAUUAAAAAGAAAGAUUGACUUUCCACAGUUUGUCUUCCUAAUCUAGUUGGCCUGGUGAUCAUAUUGGAAGAUGCCAUGAAAUUAACGUUGUAUCUGAUUGCCAUUCUGCACACUUUAUUGUACAUGUAGAUCAUAACAUUUUACCUUCUUGGAAUUGACAUCUUUUGCAGUAAAUUUGUUUUGAAAGUUUGGUGCAAGUCACAGCAAGAAUUCAUCAAGAAUCAUUUCUAAACCUAUGAGAUUGGAUUUAUAUUGUCAGUUUUUCUGUUUUGAUUUUUAAUUAAGCUCUUGAUUAUCUGAGAAAAGUUCAGUUGAAUUUGUGUUUUUUGAGGUGGUGCAUAGCUAUGUCACUCAAAGUUGUUCAAUUUUCUUGGAAAUAGGGUUGAAUAUAUAAUUGGCAGAAGGUUGUGGUAGGGUUAUCGAUAGGAUUUCUCUUUCCAUUUGGCUGUUUUGGUCUUUAGAGAUUGCUCAGGCAUCAGACUUCAGUGGUUUGACUUGAGAUUAGUAUUCUUGCUUAGGUACAAAGCUUUAAGAAUUAUUAUCUUAUUUCAAAAGCUUUUGAUACUAAUCUAGUUUGAAAUAUUAUUGCGCUUUAGCCUCUGCAUUGGGCUUUGGGCAACUUGAUGCAAUCCCCAAAUUGGAAGGUAAACCAGUUGCUGAUCAACAGUCCUUGAUUCCAGGUUGUUGAAUAUGGUGUUUAAUAUUUCUUUGUGAGCUAUCUUUUUCAGCAGUUAAUUGUUUGAAAUUUCUGAGGUUCAUCUUUGAGCUCCUGUCUAAGUGUCGUGGGCAAAUUUGUACAAAGGAGCACUAGGUUCUCCUAAAUAUGAUAUUGGAUUACCUAUUAAUAAUGCUGAAUUUUAAUCUAGUUAUAUCUGAUGAACUAGGUGACACUUGCAGGUUGAAUUUAGCUAAUUAAACUUUAAAAGAAUUUUGGAAGAACCAUGCCUAGUUUUGUCUCAAAUGCCGAUGGUCUUGCCAGUACAAUGCUACCCUGUAACAGUGCAUCUCUUAUGAGAAAACAUGCUUCUCACCUUGGGUAGCAGCUAUCAUGUAAGUGCUCCAAAUCAACCACAGAGUUGGGAGAUUGACAAAAGCUGACCCUGAUCUUUGCAUGUAAUGUGUACAGUGGUAAUUUAUCACUGGAGUUGUUCUGGUGCAUUCCCCCUUUGGGGGGGUGUCACGGGAAGAAAAGGGUGGAAGUAAAUACCUGUAGUAAAUCAUAACAGAAAUGGGAAUUACAAGUCAGAUUAUUGCAAACAUUAUUUGGUUUGAAAUCCAUUUUAGUCUUGUUUUCCCAACACACACUUCAAUUCAAUCUUGAGUUUCCACUUUGUGUGCAGUAAAUGAUUAUAUGACUUUGAGGCUAGUUGUCCAACUGUUGGAAUUAAUUUUGGACCAUUUUCCUUCUAUAGAUGUUUUUAUUUAUCAAGGAACUAAUUGUAUUUUUGUAUAAUUUUGCAGGUUUGUAAACAGUGUAAAGAAAAUUAUAUUAAUUUACAUCAGAUUUACUAAUUAGGAUCGAUGUUUUAAAGUUUGUAAUUUGUAAUCCCCCAUGAAAUGUUUGUUAUGCAAGUCAUUGUAAAUUGAGACAUGUGCCUGAAGCACUGAAUAACCUAAUAGUGCUGAUCUCUCAAAUAAAAUAUUAGUGUGCAGCA